AUGAACGAUGAUAUCCUAUGUUUACGAUUCCUCAACACACAUAUUGCUCCAUUUAUUGUCAUUCUUGGUAUAAUUGGUAAUGUACUAUCGAUUAUUGUAUUAAGAAAUCGACGUAUGAAAUCACCAGUUUCAAUUUAUUUAAUCAGUUUAUCAGUAUUUGAUAUAUUACUAUUGGUUUGUGCUGUUGUAUUAUUUUUUGAAUAUCCUUUUGCUGAAGAAGAGAAUUCAUCAUUUUUACCAUAUAUGCAGAAUUCCUCAACAGAAGAUUAUUUUAGUACAUUAAAUAAACUAGUAAACAAGACAAUUGAUAAUACGAAAAUCAAUAAUAUCACUACAGCACAUCGUAUUUAUGCACUUAUUCAAGCACAUUUCAUUUAUCCAAUUGCAUUAACAGCACAAACUUCUGCAAUAUGGAUUACAGUUAGUUUAACCGUUGAACGAUAUAUUGCUGGAUGUUAUCCAUUACAUGCAAAUGUAUUAUCAUCUGUACCAAAAUCACGUUUAGUUGUAUGCUGUUGUAUGAUAUGUGCAAUUGUUUAUAAUAUACCAAGAUGGUUUGAAAUUACAACACAAUCUGUAAAUAUAACUGAAUCCAAUUUGUCACAAUAUUCAAUACAAUACGAUUGGCAUUCAAUAUUUCGUCUUGUAUAUUAUACAUGGGGAUAUAUACUAGUAAUGUUUCUAUUACCAUUAAUUGCCUUAUUAGUAAUGAAUAUUCGUUUAAUGUAUGCAUUACGUAGAUCUGAUUUUGCUCUAUGUAAACCAUUACAAUCAACCCAAUACUUGAAUACUCCACAUAGUAGUACCAAUACAAUAGUUGAUGUUAAUUCCAAUAUAUAUACAAAAACGUCUACAAUAUCAAACAAAUCUAUUACUAAGCCAUUUCUAAUAAGAUUUCAACGAAGUGAUCAUUGUAAAUCAUGUAAAUCAUUAAAAACUCCAUUAACAUUAUAUGGUCCAACACGAUUAGCAAUACAAGCAGAUAAAAGUAUAACACGUAUGAUUAUUGUUGUUGUCGGUGUAUUUAUAGCAUGUCAAUUACCAGCAUUAAUAUUUAAUAUUUAUUUUGGUAUUGUAUCACCAAAAGUAUUACCAUAUGGUUGGUGUGCAUUAUCAGAAUUACGUAAUUUUUUAGUUGUAGUUAAUUCAAGUGUAAAUUUUAUUGUUUAUUGUGUAAUGGGUGCUAAAUUUCGUCGAAGUUUUAUACAUGUCAUUACACCAUGUUGGGAAAUUAAAUUAACUAAUACUACUACUAAUAAUAAUAAUAAUACAAGAAAACCUACUGUCCGGUUAAUUACUUUACGAUCAGAUGUAACUGAACUUUAAUGUAUUAUUCCAAUUCUUUUUUUUUUAAUAAUUUGUAUAUUUCCCUUCAUUCGUAUUUCUUAUAAACAUACUUUUCUUUAUAUGGAAAUGAAGUUAGCAUUGAUAAUAUAUGUAAAAAUGAAUAGAAAGUAUUAAUACAGAUUUAUAUAAGUUAGUAUCAGAAGGGGUUUUUUGUGAAGAUUUAGUAUUUUCA